GCGUCUGCGCGCUCGGUGUCGCCCCUAGAGGCGUCUGCGCGCUCGGUGUCGCCCCUAGAGGCGUCUGCGCGCUCGGUGUCGCCCCUAGAGGCGUCUGCGCGCUCGGUGUCGCCCCUAGAGGCGUCUGCGCGCUCGGUGUCGCCCCUAGAGGCGUCUGCGCGCUCGGUGUCGCCCCUAGAGGCGUCUGCGCGCUCGGUGUCGCCCCUAGAGGCGUCUGCGCGCUCGGUGUCGCCCCUAGAGGCGUCUGCGCGCUCGGUGUCGCCCCUAGAGGCGUCUGCGCGCUCGGUGUCGCCCCUAGAGGCGUCUGCGCGCUCGGUGUCGCCCCUAGAGGCGUCGCGCAGCCGCGGCUCUUUUGUGCGCGAUGGUGACGUAUGGCUCCAUGUAGUAGCUCAGAGGGGGAGAAAGAGCCGCCGAGGAGGGCAGAAACACACGAGAGGGGCAAGUCUUUCUUCGACAGCACCACUGCUCGGGAACAAACCAACUAAGUCGAGUCGGCUGGCAUGGAGCUGAGCGUCGCCAUUCUGAGCCGUUUCGCGCAGUCCACCUAAAGCCGGGGCAUUUCGCGCACAGUUUGCUGUCGGUCCCGGGGGUGUUUGUGGAGCCCGUGUGAAUCUGUUGCUAGCAGCGCUCGAAUGCUAGCUAGCCCCGCUGCUAAGCAGCUAGCCAACACUGCGAGUCAAUUGUGUCGGAGAUCGCGGAAUUGCGCGUUAAAGCCGGGACGCUCCUCCGCCGCUCUCGGGAUUCGUGUUGUCCGUUGAGUUUUUGCGUUUUCCUGAGCGAGGGGACGCUGAAAAGCGAAGGCUAGAGUUUCUAUUUCGAUUUAUUUCCAGCAGAGAGUCCCCCCCCCCUCUCUCUCUCUAUUAGCUUGUUAGCCUCUCUGGUUGGUUUAGUCCGGCUUGUUAGUAGCGUCUGAGAUUUUUCUACUGUAACGUUAAUAGCUGUCAGCCAGAUUGGUCGCGUUGUUUGUGGACAUGAAUGAUUUUAUCGCGGACUGUGAGCGGGUUAGAGAAGCGAUACUUUGAGAUGCCACGCGUGGGAUACUUCAUAUUUCCAGGGACGCUUGUAUUUUCUUGUUAGACUGCUUUAUGGGAGUGCUAGUGUGCGGGGGUUUGCUUUAGAUUCUGGAAUUAAAGCAUUGUUUCCCCCCUCUCCACGCGAGCUGGUUAUCCACCUUUAUCCAUCCACCGCGCGUCGUUUUGAUGUGGCUAAAGCCCACAUUUCAGUCGCACUCUCAUCGUUUUCUCAUCUAAUAGUGGGUCGUUCGGCUCCACGCUUGUGUUCACGCCGUCGGUGGUUCAUGGUCGCGGAGACAGGGCGCUGAUACACGCUUUCACUGGUUCGCGGCGGGGAAACGGCGAGGUUCGGCUCGAGGUAUUAUGGAUGAUCAGACACGAAUGCUGGCUAGCAUGGGCGGACUCGGCGGACUCUCCCAAGCCGACGUGGGUGACCCCGAUUCGGUUCGGAAGCAGCAGUCCCUCGGGCAGCCGCCGCAAGACAUCGGGGAUAUUCUCCAGCAGAUCAUGGCCAUCACCGACGAGAGCCUCGACGAAGCGCAGGCGAGAUGCUGGCCAGAGGAGGCACCGGCGCAGUGGACCCCACAGAGGGAGGGGGAGCUGGGGGGGAGCACAGCAGGGUGUGCCCUGCCGCUCAACUUCCAGCACAGAUCCCACCUCGCAAACCUUGUAUAG